GUGUGCUCAUUGGCAGCGCUUUAUUCAAGCUCUGUAAAGUUUCUGCGCCGCUCAAGGACACUUGGUGGAGCCGCACUUCACAGCACCAGCUUUGCAAUCUCCUCUCGCAGAGCCCGACUGAGCCGGACAGACGCAAAGCAGAGGCACGAAGAGCACAGAAGACUCCGGAGUCCCGAUAUUGAUCAGACGCGGUGUGACAGGACAGACGGUGGUCGGUGAUCGCUCAGUCCUAUUGUGAAAUUACGUUAAGACGCUCCUUGGGCUGUGCACAGUGGAUAUUUAAUGCUAAAGUGGAGAGAUCGGGAUCUUUACGUGUUCUUUUUUAACACCUUAAAGGGCGUUAUCUCGUUUAUAAGGAUUACAGGAAGUCUAACGACUUUGGCUAUUUUCUCGAAAAGAGAGGCUAAAAGCACAAAACUCCGGACUCCAUUAUGCUCCUAAAGAAAGUGGAUGGACUUUUUGUGGAAUUGAGCUUUGCCGUCUUUCUAACCUGUGUGUCUGGGUCUAGUCAGGCGGGAGCAAGUCAUUCUCAGAGUGCCUACUUCCUCCCCGAAUUUGCACUUUCGCCACAGGGGAGCUUCAUGGAAGACACAACAGGAGAGCAGUUCCUCACGUAUCGUUAUGAUGAUCAGACGUCCCGCACCACACGCUCCGAUGAAGACAAAGACCUGGGCUGGGACGCCUGGGGUCCCUGGAGUGACUGUUCGCGCACCUGUGGAGGCGGGGCCUCCUACUCGCUGCGGAGAUGUCUGAAUGGAAGAAACUGUGAAGGAAGAAACAUAAAGUACAAGACGUGCAGCAACAUGGACUGUCCUGUGGAAUCUGGAGACUUCCGAGCUCAGCAGUGCUCAGCCCAUAAUGACAUAAAAUACAAAGGAGAAACUUAUGAGUGGCUUCCCGUCUCUAAUGACCUUGCGACUCCGUGUGCUCUCAAGUGCCAGGCCAAAGGGAAAAACCUGGUGGUGGAGCUGGCACCCAAAGUGCUGGAUGGUACAAGAUGCAAGGCGGACUCGCUGGACAUGUGCAUUAAUGGGAUUUGCCAGGCAGUGGGGUGCGACCUGCAACUCGGAAGUAAUGCCAAAGAGGACAACUGUGGUGUGUGCGCGGGAGACUCCUCGACGUGCCGGCUUGUGAGGGGGCAGACCAAGACGCACGUCUCUCCAGAAAAAGCUGAAGAAACUGCGAUUGCUGUGCCCUAUGGAAGUCGAAAUGUCAGAAUCACCGCUAAAGGGCCUGGUCACCUUGUUAUUGAGUCAAAUACGUUACAAGGGAAGAAAGAAGAGCACACAUUCAGUUCUCCAGGCUCGUUCCUCAUUGAAAAUACAAAUGUUGAGUUCCAGAAAGGCCCGGAUAGGCAGACCCUGAGAAUCCAAGGGCCUCUAGUGGCUGAUUUUAUUGUAAAGGUCCGAUAUGUUUCUCCUCGGGAUACGCUGGUCCAGUUUCUAUAUUACCAGCCCAUCAGCCAUCAGUGGAAGGAGACUGACUUUUUUCCUUGCACCGUGACUUGUGGAGGAGGUUAUCAGUUAAACUCAGCAGAGUGCAUUGAUGUCCGAUUAAACCGAGUGGUGCCUGAUCAUUACUGCCAUUACUACCCAGAGAACAAGAAGCCAAAGCCAAAACUGAAGGAGUGCAACAUGGACCUCUGUCCUGCCAGUGACGGAUACAAAGAAAUCAUGCCUUACGAUCACUUCCAGCCACUUCCUCGCUGGGAGCACAAUCCCUGGACAUCCUGCUCCGUGUCCUGUGGUGGCGGAAUUCAAAGGCGGACGGUGAUAUGCGUCGAGGAAACCGUGCACAGCGAGAUCCUGCAGGUGGAAGAAUGGAAGUGCAUGUACACCCCCAAGCCCACCCUAAUGCAAACGUGUAAUCUGUUUGACUGUCCUAAGUGGGUCGCAAUGGAAUGGUCUCAGUGCACAGUAACCUGUGGGCGCGGUCUGCGUUACAGAGUGGUGCUUUGUAUCGACCACCAUGGGCAGCACACGGGGGGAUGCAACCCACAGCUGAAGCCUCACAUUAAGGAAGAGUGCGUCGUGCCUGUCGCCUGCUACAAGCCUAAAGAAAAACUUCCCAUAGAAGCCAAACUGCCGUGGUUUAAACAAGCCCAAGAACUGGAUGAAAUCAGAUCCGCCUCGGAGGAGCCAUCGUUUAUUCCCGACGCCUGGUCACCCUGCAGUGUGACCUGCGGGCCUGGCAGACAGACGCGCCAAGUGAAGUGCAAGGUCCUCCUCACUUUCUCACAAACUGAAGCUGAACUGCCUGAUGACGAAUGCGAGGAACCCAAACCAGAAGUGGAGCAGCACUGCAAUCUUGGACCGUGCCAUGGUGAAGAUGCCUUUCCCCAGUUUACCAGGGAGGAGCUGUACGACUGGGAAUAUGAAGGCUUCACGACGUGUUCAGCAUCUUGCGCUGGAGGAAAGCAAGAAGCCAUUGUGGUGUGUCUUAACAAGCGGGACGGGCAAAUCGUGGCGGAUUCUCAUUGCGAUGCUUCCAACAGGCCCCCCAAGAUGUCCAGAACCUGCAGUACGGAGCUCUGUCCCUCAAGAUGGGAGUCCACCUCAUGGAGUUCCUGCUCUGCAACUUGUGGAGUCGGAAUCCAAACCAGAAGUGUUACCUGUAAGCGUCGAGCAUCGCUCAACAACGAAGACUCUGUUUUAGUGCCCGAGAAGGAAUGCCUGGAGGCAAAACCCGCCAUUGUACAGUCGUGCAAUCAGUUUGAUUGCCCACCAUCGUGGCAUGUUGAAGAAUGGAGGGAGUGUUCACAUUCGUGUGGAGGAGGAACGCAAUCCCGCAAGGUCCACUGUAAGAAGCUCCACUCGGACGGAAGUGUCCUCAAAGUGGCCGACGAAUUCUGCAAGAACCCCAAGCCUGCGUCUCAUAUUCCCUGUGGGAAGAUCGACUGCCCCCCACAUCUCCUAGGGGGUGAAUGGUCUAAGUGUUCCGUUAGCUGCGGCGUUGGUAUCCAGAGACGGGAGACAGUCUGUCGCAGAAUGACGGCCACGGGUCAGCAGGUCACGUUAAACAGAUCGGAAUGCACCAGCCUUCCUCCGCCUCCUCUCGUCAGGACCUGUCGCGUCAGCGGCUGCGUCAAGCACAACAAAGAAUCGAAGCCCAAAGCCUCCCAGAAGCGAGAACCUCAGAUCUUGGGCCAGAAUCGAGUUUACAUACAGACUCGACAAGAGAAGCGCAUUCACUUCACCGUUGGGGGACGGGCUUACCUGCUCCCCAAAACCUCCAUGGUGAUCAAAUGCCCCGUCAAGAGGUUUCCCAAAACGCUCAUCCGUUGGGAGAAAGAUGGCCAAGCCUUGUUUGUUUCUAAGCGCCUUGGAAUCACCAAAUCGGGCUCCCUGAAGAUCCACAGCCUGGAGGCGGCAGACAUCGGAGUAUACCGCUGUGUUGCCGGGCCUGUGGGUGACACCUUUGUCCUAAAGCUGAUUGGUAAGGACAACCGGCUGAUUGAACCUCCUGGUGACAGGAAGCUGAAGAUGGGGCAGAGUGGCAACCUAGAUGCCAACGAAGCUGCCCGAAUGGAAGAGAAAUGGAACCGGAUGAGUAAAGUAUGGCAGACAUGGAGCGAAAAGAAUGAGUUUUACUUGGAUGACAGCCAUAGUAACGAUCAAGCCUUCCUCAGGGUUCUCAGCAGCUAUUUCCAGAAAUCUGCCGAGCCACCGAGCCCCUCUGAGCAUCCUAACAGAAAUAGGGAGCCAGCUCUCCUUCCCGGAUCAUACAGCAUGGACGCCAGACACUUUGAAGAGCUGGUGAGGAACAUCAGUGAGCAAGCAGAGGGCCGAGAUGUGGCCGAUGAUAUGGCCUCACAACUCAUAUACCAUCUGAUGGCCGAGGUAACCAGGCCCCAGUCAACCACUGAGAAAUGGAAAGGACCCUUGGGCGAAAAAGUGGCCCUCUUAGACAAAACCCCCAACACGUCCGAACUGGCUUUGAACAAAGAUGCUCAGAGAAGGUUCCAGAAGCAGAAGAAGGCCCACAUCGUUAGGCGGAGACUCGGUCCAUCCGUCAUUUUCCAGAAACACCUGAACUUGAGCAUCGGCAGGUCGGCCUUUCUGACAAACACCACACAAACGGUCGCCCUGAUGUGUGAAGCCCUGGGUGUGCCGGAGCCAAAGGUUUUCUGGACCAGGAAUGGAAUCCCACUGCGUUCUUCAGAAAGAAUAUCAUUGGAUGUCCCUGGACGACUACAGAUAUUACGCCCCCAGUUUGAUGACGCUGGCCGCUAUGAGUGUACUGCGACAAACGACCAAGGGACCGAUUCGGAAAGUUCACUUCUUUUGUUUGCAGAGCCACCCAGUAUCAAGUCCUCCAAGAAAAAUUCAACUGUCUGGGCGGGUCACAGCUGGAUGGCCAUUGUUGGUGACACAGUUGUGGCGAGUUCCGGAUCAAAUAUAACACUGGACUGUCCCGUAACAGGGGUACCACCGCCCACCGUAAACUGGCAUCGAAAAGAAGGUCUCCUGAAGGGGAACACGUUUCUGCUUUCAAAUGGAUCUCUGUCACUUCAUAAAGUUUCUUUUGAAAAUUUCGGAACGUAUUUCUGCGUGGCAGCCAAUCCUCUGGGAAAGGCGACAGCAGCCAGUGCUCUCCUGGUGACGGCCCUGAAAGCACCAGUUGAACCUUCUGUACCUCCAAGAGACAAGGCCAGGAAACGAAUCAUGAUGGCAUCGCGAGUUGGCAACUACAUCUCUGUGAAACCCGGCGACUUGCUUCGGUUAGGUUGCCCUGUUCUUACCAACCACAAAAACCCCAUCCACUGGCGACUGCAAAACCAGACCAUGCAGAAGGCUCCAGGCUUGCAGUAUAAAAUACUUUUGGCAGGCCGAGUCCUCGAGGUGAACACUCUGUUUGGACGGUUUUAUGGCCGAUAUCAGUGCCAUACAUCCGUGAACUCGCAGAUCAUGUCAGCCUGGGUCAGCGUCAGCCUCGAAGAUUACCAGUGGGAACUUGGAAACUGGACCGGCUGCUCUGCUAGCUGUGGAAAUAAGGGGACUCAAUCAAGGAGCGUCCGCUGUGUCAGUGAGGCCAGCCAUGAGGUGAACAGCUCAGCGUGCCAGCACUUACCCAGACCGGCGCUCGAGAGAAGGCCUUGUAAUCUUCAAGACUGCCCUCCUAGCUGGGUUCCCGAGGCCUGGUCACACUGCUCAACACCUUGCGGUUCAGGAUUCCGGCAAAGGCAAACGACAUGUCGGCAGAUGACCGCCAGCGGGCUCAUCAAGAUUUUGCCCAGGGAUGACUGUCGCCCCGAACAUCAACCUGCGGAGAGAGAAGUUUGUGUCUCAGAUACGUGUGCGUUAUGGGUGGCACGUUCAUGGCGUCAGUGUGCAGGACGAUGCCUUGGACCAGCACUAUCUACGCAGCACCGUCAAGUCAUCUGCCAACACUCCAACGGCUCUUUGCUUCCAGACUCCUACUGUGAUGAAAGAAAAAGGCCCCUGUCCUCGAGGAACUGUUCAGCAGACAUCUGUAAUGUCCAUUGGGUGACACAAGCCUGGAAUACCUGCACGGUAUCAUGUGGACAUGGGUUCCAGUCUCGGAAGGUGGAAUGCGUUCACAAGAAAAGCCACAAAACUGUAGAUGACCAGCUGUGCAGCUGGCAGAAGCGCCCAGCCAAGUGGCAGCACUGCAGUGCCACUUCAUGUAGCCGAGGAGAAUGCAAGGACACCAGCCAUUACUGUGCCGUGGUCAAGCGUCUGAAGCUCUGCCUCAUUGACCUGUACAAGCAGAGGUGCUGCAAGUCCUGCCAAGAGGGGUAGUUCCUGCGACGGCAGACAGGACACAAAUGAAUGGACAUCUCAGAUGGACUUGGAUGGAGAAUUCCCCAUAAUCCAAGGGAAGGGGAAGAAAAAGUAAAAAACAGAAAGUGACUUAAAAUUCACAAAAAAAGUGUUUUUCUUGACCUUGUAUCAAGAGGAUAGCAUCAGUGAAGAAACUGAUGACAUGCGGCUGCUGUUCUUCGCAACCAUGAAUGAAAAGAUGGAGGCGCUGGUAUGGUACUUGAGAUUUAGGAAACUCGCCGGUCAUCGUUCCUCUUGCUGUAGUUUUAAUUUCAUCACCUCAUCACUCGUUAAUCCAUAUAGCGCCUUUCACAGCGGGCACCGUCACAAGCACCACCUUGAAAUAAGACGUGUGAUAGACACCAAUGGAGGACCCUGCACUGAGUGGCUCAACCACUGGGCUGCAUGCUGACAUCCUAAUACAGUGCCAUAUCUAUCUAUCUAUCUAUCUAUCUAUCUAUCUAUCUAUCUGAAUUUUUAAUCUUGCCUACUACACUAUCUA